UAGACAUAGAUUUGCGCAUUUUAUUUUAUUUUGCUUGGGUUUGGUUCAUUUCCCCAUGGCAAACACGGAACAGGGAAAUCAAACCUCCUUCACAGAGUUCAUCCUCCUGGGAUUUGGGUCUAUCCCCAAACUGCAGACUCUUCCCUUCCUGCUGCUCCUUGGGAUUUACAUUGUGACCAUGGCUGGGAACAUCCUCAUAAUUGCUCUAGUUGUGGCUGAUCAACACCUUCACACCCCCAUGUACUUCUUCCUGGGGAAUUUGUCCUGCCUGGAGACCUGCUACAGCUCCACCAUCCUGCCCAGAGUUCUGGCCAGUCUCCUGACUGGGGACAAAACCAUUUCCAUUGGUGGCUGCAUCACACAAUGUUACUUUGUUGGUUUCUUUGCAGCCACUGAGAGUUAUCUCCUAGCAGCGAUGUCUUAUGACCGAUAUCUAGCAAUAUGUAAACCACUGAAUUAUGCAGCCCUUAUGAAUGGCAGUUUCUGCCUCCAGCUAGCAGCUGGGUCUUGGGUAAGUGGGUUAUUGGCUAGUUCCAUAGUAACAGGUAUGUUAUUACAAUUAACUUUCUGCGGUCCCAAUGAAAUUGAUCAUUUUUUCUGUGAAGUUACACAAAUAAUAAAUCACUGCUGCAGUGAUAUCUACCAGUUGCAACUUGUACUUACCAUUAUGUCUGCUUUAUUCACAUUGCCCCCAUUUGCUUUAACUGUGAUGUCCUAUGUUUGUAUCAUCUCCACUAUCCUGCGAAUCCCUUCCACCACUGGAAGGCAAAAAGCCUUUUCCACCUGCUCCUCUCACCUCAUUGUGGUGACAAUUUUCUAUGGGACCCUGAUCAUUGUGUAUCUGCUACCAAAAAACAAUACACUCAGAGACCUCAACAAAGUGUUCUCUGUCUGCUACACAAUUCUGACUCCUCUGGCCAAUCCCUUCAUAUACAGCCUGAGAAAUACAGAGGUGAAAGAGGCACAGAGAAAAUGUUUCAGUGAAUGUGUAGAUUUUAGAGGACUUCAGAAUUGCUACUGUAGUUUUUGCAAGACAAAACAAUAAUGAGUGCAGCUGAUUUACAGUU